GAGCGAUUGCUACAAGCUGAUGGACAUGUUUGGGGUCAGUUGGCCAGAUGAGAUGGAGUGUAGCAGGUUUCCAGAUUGUGAUGAGUCUUACCCCCGAGCGAUAGACCUGCUUCCGAGCAGUGACGGGAUGGAGGAAUCUCCCUCAUCGGUUCAGCGGGACUAUGGCUUCUGGUGCCCACGAGAGCUGAAGAUCGAGCCUGACUUGGGUUACUCGUUCAUGGGUGUGCGUGACUGCUCGCCUCCCUGCCCAAACAUGUACUUCCGGAAAGAUGAGCUCAUCUUCGCCCGCUAUUUCAUUGGCGUUGUCUCCAUA